CACUGGGCGUUUCUUUGUGGAAGGCUCGCGUCCCAGACAGAGAAAGAACUAGGAUGAUCUAUUGAAACAGGCAGAAAGUCUCCGUCUAGAAUGUAAACAUCAAGUAAGGCUGGCUGCAAAGGAGUUUCUAUCCCGAAGUGAUCUUGUGAAGUGCCAACCUCUGUGUGAGCAAAGUUGCACCAACGCAACGAAGCUUGAGUAAGGGAUCCUGACUCGUCACCUGACUCCCCUCUCUGACUCUCUGUGGUAAAGGCCAUUUGCUACUUGGAAGGAUGCCUGGCCCGACUCGGUGGAAUGGCCUCUUCCACCAGUCUGGGAACCUCCAGUAGCACGGCCAUGGACUGCCCUGACUCCUGUUGGACAGCACAGCCUCACAGACAAUGUUCCUAAAGAGGGCCCUCUACGAGCUGCUCAUUGAACAUCAUUCAGCCAAAGUCGUCACAACGUGAGAGAGUAGGCAUGGUGGUUUGAUGGCAGGCUCUAAGGCGGUACAGUGAAGUGAAGGGGUGGAGCGUCAUGAGCCUUCUGGCACACUAACUGAAGGAACCAGAGUAGCAGGUCUGAUCAGGGAACGCCGGCCACCCAUGGUAUAAAUCCUGGACAGAGACACCUUGGACUGGGGGUGACAGAGGAGAGGAAAGGAGACUGAACCUGCCCUCUACCCUUCCCUUGCCUGCUGCUGCAGUGUGGCUGAGCAGUGCUACUUUCAUACCUCACUCUGAUAUUCCACAGCAAGGCAGGAACCAUGCCGGCCCUGUCCACCGGAUCUGGAAAUUACUCGGGUCUGUGUGAGUUGCUGUGUGCCCUGCCCUCCCAGCUACAGCCCCAUGUCCACAGCCAGGACGACAGCACCUUUCUACACAACAUGUUCGGAGAGAGGAGCCUCCACUCGCUGGUCAAGAUCCAUGAGAGACUGCAGCACUAUGAGGAGCGUAGUCCUGCCCCCAUCCUGGACAGUGCUGGCUCCCUGGCCACUGACCUGUCUGAGGAACUGCAGGGUAAAAGUGCCAGUGAAGAGAUCAGCGAGCUGCUCAAUCUACUGGCUAAACCCCACGUCAAGAGUCUUCUGUCUGUCCAUGACACGGUGGCCCAGAAGAAUUACGACCCCGAGCUGCCUCCGCUGCCCGAUGACAUCGAUGAUGACGAGGUCUCAGUGAAGAUCAUACGGCUGGUCAAGAACAAGGAGCCUCUCGGAGCCACAAUAAAGCGUGAUGAGCACACAGGAGCCAUCCUUAUCGCCAGGAUAAUGAGAGGUGGAGCAGCAGACAGAAGUGGUCUGAUCCAUGUAGGCGACGUGCUGAGGGAAGUGAACGGGGUUCCUGUGGAUGACAAGAAGCCGGAUGAAAUCAUCCACAUUCUGUCCCAGUCCCAAGGGGCCAUUACGUUUAAAUUAAUACCAGCCAUCAAAGAGGAGACGCCAAGCAAGGAGCCCAAGAUGUUUGUGAAGACUCUGUUUGACUACGAGCCAGCGGAGGACAAAGCCAUCCCGUGUAAGGAGGCUGGCCUGGCCUUCAAGAGGGGCGAUAUCCUUCACAUCAUGAGCCAGGAUGAUGCCAACUGGUGGCAGGCUAAACAAGAUGGCCAUGCCAACCCUCGCGCAGGCCUCAUACCCUCCAAACAGUUCCAGGAGAGGAGGUUUGCUCUGCGUCGGCCCGCCGCCAGUGUUCUUCAGCCCCAGAAGAUCUCCAACAGAAGAUCAUCUGGUUUUCGCCGGAGCUUCCGCCUCAGCAGGCGAGACAAGAAGACCAACAAGUCCAUGUAUGAGUGUAAGAAGAGUGAGCAGUACGACAUGGCUGACGUGGCCACCUACGAGGAGGUGACUCCCCACCGCAGGCAGAGCGGGGCCAAGCACAGGCUGGUGGUCCUCGUCGGUCCUACAGGGGUAGGUCUGAAUGAGCUGAAAAGGAAACUGCUGAUCUCUGACCCCCAACACUUCAGUGUGACCGUGCCACACACCAGCAGGCCGAAGAGGAACCAGGAGAAUGAAGGGGUGGAGUAUCACUUUAUCUCCAAAAAUAUAUUUGAGACGGACAUUCACAACAACAAGUUCAUAGAGCAUGGUGAGUAUAAAGGGAACUACUAUGGAACCAGUCUGGACUCUGUGCGUUCUGUCCUGUCCAAGAACAAGGUGUGUCUACUGGACGUUCAGCCUCAUACGAUAAAGCACCUGAGGACGGCAGAGUUUAAACCUUAUGUGGUGUUCGUGAAGCCACCGCCCGUCGAGCGCCUGCGAGAGAGCAGACGGAACGCUAAGGUCAGCUCAGGCAAGGACGACAAGGGAUCUGCUAAAUCAUUCUCCGAGGAGGACUUCCUGGAGAUGGUGAGCACCGCCCAGCAGAUGGAAAGCCAGCAUGGCCACCUGUUUGAGAAGAUCAUUGUCAACGACGACCUGACGGCGGCAUUCAGCGAGCUGAAGAUGGCUCUGAAGAAGGUGGAGACUGACACGCACUGGGUCCCCAUCAGCUGGACUCACUCCUGAGAACCACAGAGAAAGAGUGAAAUACUGUUUGGAGAAAGAAGAAUAUAAAAAAAGGGAAGGACUUUUUAAUAAAGUUGGACAUUUAAUAAUGUCCACUGCGUAGGUGGUGGGUGCUGUUGGGUUUAGGAUGGAUCGUAACACAGCUGGACAGCAGAGUGGGCUGACUUUAUGUGCGUCCCAAAUGGCACCCUAUUCCCUGUAUAGUACACUACUUUGUGAAAGUACUUUCCAAAAGUAGUGCACUAUGUAGGGGUUAGAGUGCCAUUUGGGACGGUAUCUCUGUCUGGGUCUUCCUCUGGGCCCUGUCUAGCUCAGUCAACAUUCAACACGCUGGACAUCUGAGGGCGGGCUGGUCUGAUCUGGUUCUAGUCUUUUAAUCAGCUCGGUGUGACUGCCUAUCAGUGCUGUGUCAGAACGUACUGUAACUUCGGACUCCUUCCUUAGUGUGUUUUUAACAUUAGUUUCUAGAAACCUAAGGGAUUUGUAUUGUUCUGUGGAUGGUGGGUGGUUUGUAUAUUAAUGCAGAAUGGGGGAACAGAUGAAAAUGUUUUUUUGCCUUCAAGUCUUAAACUCAGCUUGGGUCCAAAACGGCACCCUAUUCCCUAUGUAGUGCACUACUUUUGAACAGGGCCCGUAGGAGAAGGGGUGCCAUUUCAGACACAGCCUCAAACUCAGAUAAAUGUUUCCCUUGUGAUUUCUAACGCUUCCAUAGACUGCUACACCAAGGUAUCAAAGCAAAAACGUUGGCAGGUACAGUACACUCAAAAAAGGGCAACAACAGGUGUAAUUUUAUUUAAGAUAAAUUAAUAUAUUUGAAUAUUUUUCUGCAGUUUUACAUACCUUUUUUAUAUACAACAUAUCUAUAGCAUCAUCUGUAAAGAAGCACCAUGACACUGUAAGCUACAACCUGAGGUGAUUUCUGAUGUUACUUCAGUCAGUGUUAUGUCGUCGCACCUCAAAUUCCCAAGGCCCUACUUACACCGGGUGUAUUUUAAAUGGCAAGCUAUUCUGUGUACUGUGCACUACUUUUGACCAGAGACCAAUGGGCCCUGCUUAAAAGAAGUGCACUACAUAGGAAAUAGGGUGCCAUUUGGGACACCGCCUAGGUGUUUUGUCAUUUUAUUUUAGGAGCUAUUUUAAAUGUAAAACCCUCCACCCUGCCCUACUCAUGAUUGUGCCCAGGCAGCAUAACAGUUUGCUAUUUCAACUAGCAGACUUUGGCUCGUCGGUUGUAAGUCAAAUGUUCUCAAUCUAGUAUAAUUAGGGUGGAGCUAGCGUUAUUUUACCCUCAUAAAACAGGCCUAAAACUAACUAAUAGAGGGGUCCAUGGCGCUAGUAGAUUUACAACAGACAGGAACAAAAAGUAGCUGCUUUUAACUUAGCAAGGUUCAGGUUAUAUAGAGAAAGGUUAGAGUUGCUAGUUAUUUAACCCAAGUCUGUCUAUCCCUCUACCAUGUUCCUCCUAUACAGUAUGCUGUCUGUAUCCCUGGGUUAUAUGGCUAGGCUAGAGCAUGUCUUGGAUUGUUUGAUGAGAGAAUAUUUGUUUAUACCAUAUCUAGGGUUGCGAAAUUGCUGGGUGCAGUGACCUCAGUGCCCUUAUGUUCUGUCUCUCUCCGUGAUUUCACACUCUCACAUCACCAAUCAUGUGGCGUUAGUUAGUUAGCUCUGUGUUGAGCUCAGGUCAUCAUGAGUCAUGACGAUGCACCAGAUCUCGCUGUCUGUCUGGUGUUUCUUUUACAGCAGGUUGCCCUCUAUCCCCCUCUUCCUUUAUCCCAGUGUUUUUGUUCAUUUCAAUUGUUGUUAGUAUCGCAGAUAUACCUGUUCUGUAUUUUUCUGAUUAUCAAGAGAUGUUGUAUCUAUUUAAACAAAUAUAUUUGUUUGAGGUUAAGCCACUACAAUACCAUGUUUAUCUACACUACAGGUUUAACCCUCUAGUUUCCCCAUUCUUUCAUGUUUAUAUGAUGUUAGGUUCAUAUUUACCCUCCAGCCAGCCGUAUCAUAGCCUGUGCAGAUAUUGUCCUUCUAACUGUACAUUCAAUUACUGUGAGGCAAGUUGUGUGAUUUCACUUUUUCUUUUUAUUUGUACGUUUUAUAUAAAAAUAUUCACCCAA